GCGGGGUGGGAGCGUGCACCCGCAGUUCUGCACAUGAAAACUCGGCACUACGGGAUCAAAUAUCUGGUCACGACCGGACCCCGCCCUCGGGCUUGCCAGAGGAGGUAUAUAUAGCGGAAACGAGGACGGCAGAAACGCAGUCAGCUCUCAGCGGCCACCACAACCUACCAGACAUGAUUAAGUUCGCCGUUCUCUUCGUGCUGGUGGCCGCAGCGGCUGCCAGCGGUGGGCAGAGCAACGUCCACGUGUCUACUUUCACGCCAUACUCGAGUAACUCGUACGGAUCCCAUGUGAACCAUGGAUACUACGUUCCCGGCGGCUACGGCCGCUACGGCCGGUACGUCGGCGGCUACGGCCAGAUCUACGCCCAGGGACAGGGUAUCGGGCUCAGCCAGGGCGGUGGAUACGGCGGUGGAUACGGCGGAUACGGACAAGGAUACGGACGCGGCGGACUCAGCGGAUACCAGUACGGAUACAGCGCCGACGUCGGAAACGGAUACGGACAGGGCGCCAUCGGAGGUGGAUACGGCGGAAUCGGAGCUGGAUACGGCAGAAUCGGGGCUGGAUACGGCGGAAUCGGGGCUGGAUACGGCGGAAUUGGAGCUAGGUUCGGCGGAAUUGGAGCUAGGUUCGGCGGAAUUGGAGCUAGGUUCGGCGGAAUUGGAGCUAGGUUCGGCGGAAUCGGAGGCCAAUUCGGCGCUUUCCGUCGUGGCUACGGUAGGCUCUACGGUUGAUUAUGUAUUAGUGGAUUCAGCUGCUUCGGAGGGGGAAUUUCGGCGGAAUCAGUGGAUAUGGACAUCUAGAAAUGAGCUUUGACAUGUAUCUGAACGGUACGUGUGAUUCCCUAUUCUUCAUGUUCAUGGAGCAUGACAUAGAUUAUCUCAACAUUCCUGUGUGAGCAUUAUUGUAUAUUUUCAGCCUGUUAAUAAAAUAUUCAAAUGAUAAC